AUGCGCGACGAGCACGAUUACGAGAUGGACCACAUCGAGAAGGGUCAUCAUCCGCAACAGCACGAGAUCAACCAGCAGGACGGGGGCGACGGGCUUCAGCACCUGGAUCGCCUGCACACCACCAUCACACUGUCGCCUGAGCAGUUUGAAAAGCUCUAUCUUGCGCCUAUUGGCCGGCAUCAGCCGAGUCUGGCGAAAAAGUUCGGGAACCCAACGCCACUAGCCAUCGCAAGCUUUGUGCUGACCACAACUCCCAUCUCUUGCGCGUUGAUGGGCUGGAGAGGUGCCGGUGGAAAUGGAGUGGCGGUCGACGGCGCCAUGGUAUUCCUCGGCGGCACAUUGCUAUUGGUUUCUGGCCUGCUCGAAUUCGUCCUGGGCAAUACCUUUCCCUUCGUUGUCUUUUGUUCAUUCGGUGGGUUCUGGCUUGCUUUUGGAUGCACGCUUCAAGCUUCAUUCGGUGCAGCCGCUCCUUACUCGGCAAGUGGAACCAGCACCGCGGAAGGUCUUGCUUCGGCGGGUUUCAUGAGUACUUUUGGUUUCCUCCUGCUUGCAAUGGACUUGUUGGUCGUGGUCUACGCCAUCUGCGCCACAAGGACCAAUGCGGUAUUUUUCACCAUCUUCCUUUCUUUGGUCGCCGUCUUCUCGUUAUUGACGGCGUCGUUCUGGAGGCUGGCAUUGGGUGAUACCCUGGCGGGCAUGAGGUUGUACAAGGGGGGGGGUGGGAGUCUCUUUGUGACUAGCAUGCUGGGAUGGUACUUGCUUACGGUCCAACUCUUUGAAGCAGUUGGAAUCCCUGUCAACUUACCUGUCGGGGAUCUAAGCGGUCUUUGGGCUCCAAAGAAAGAAUCCGCAUAG